GAGCUGUCCAUGGAUGAAAACGGGUUGUGGCAAAUACAAUAGGACACAUUUCAAACUCUGACCCUAACUUUUGUUAAUUGUCAUUGCGUAACAUAGCCUGAUUGGAAAUUGCCGCCUUUCAAGGGUGAAUGGGUGUUUAGUUACUGAUUCCGAUAGUAUGAUUCUUGGAAGGUCCACUUUAUGUCUAAUAUGAGAGCCUGUAACUAUUUCACCUCUAAUAACACGCUCACCUAGGUAAGGAACAAUCAGACGUGUUCCAUUGCAUAACCCUUUCUUUUGAUUUAAAUUCCUUAGAAGCAUGAAAGGGGUAGCCAUUUUCAAUGUAAGCUUAUUCCACUUUCAAUGUAAUUUUUAAUAUAUCUAGAGUAUUAGUGUCAUUUUACUUAUUAAAUUUAGUAAAAUGAAAUAUUUUAGUGUGAUGUGGUUAUUUAGGGUUAUAAUUAACGGGUGGGGAUUUGAGAUUUAGAUUUAAAAUAGUAUAAAAUAAAAAAUAAAAAUUUAAAAUUUUCAAAGUAGUUUCAAUAACUAACGGCAUAAUUUCUAUAUAUAUUAUUCAUUCUCAUUAUGUAUACUAUUGUAAUUAUCAUAAAACUACAAAAUAAAAGCUAACAAAAGUUUGUACGUAACAUCGUGCAAUGUUAGUUACGUAAUUAAUUUUUUUUAAGACAAAGCAGAUGGAAAAUUUUAUGAAUAUCAUAUAAUUUUCAUUUUUUAUAUUUUAGUUCUUCAGUUUUCAGAUCACAUGUUCUACUACCCUUAACAAAAACAAAAUAUAUUUUAAUAUUAUUAGAUUUAUAUGUUAUAUUCAAAUACUAAGAAUCAUAUAUGGAACAAUAAACUUGCUAUCUGUAUAAAAAAUGGGAUGGGCUUGCGAAUGAAAUAGAAUCGACAAAGGGUUGGGUAAAUGGGCUGGACUGCGAAAUGGGAUCGAGACAGCUGCACGAUGGGUCAAAAGGGCUGCAAAGCUGAUUAAUUUUUUUAAAAUCCAAGCCCAAUCCGGAAUGACAUGGCAGUUUGGUUGGAUGAGAAUAUUUGUGCCUAUGUGGCAUAGCUUAAAAAGCCCCAAUUUAGCUGCUAUUAUAUAGUAGGAUAGAUAGAUUUGAGGCAAACAUUCUACUAAAGUUAAAUCCGGAUCAUAAUUCCAUAGCGAUCUCUUAAUAUAAAUCAUGAAACUACAAAUCUACUACCUACCACCUUCUUUGAGCGUACACUGAUUAACAGGAGUAUAUAUCAAAUUAAAUAUGAUCCCCCGAAUUGUUAUCGCCUUUAGCUUUAUAAAACGUAGUAUUUAUUUUACAUCAUACUAUACAUUUUGAGUCUUUGACUUUUAGGCUAAUCUCGAUAUAUAUACUACACACUAACGCAUAUAUAUAGAUAAUAAAGCAUCUUGUCUACUCAUUUUAUCUUACACUUAUCUCUACCAAUCUCUCUCCGGAACAAAAAAAAAAACACAAAACAAAACAAAACUUUCUCUCUCGUCUUUGGCCACGUAAACAUGGACGUCGAACAUCACAACUCCGGCCACAUCGGUAGACCAACGGUGGAUAUUCCACCGAGAAAGCUUCUUUCCUCCGCCGUAUCUCCUUCAAGUCCCUGUCCUGAAGACAAGGCUCAGAAAGACUGUUGUUACGACUCUGACUCCGACGAUCCUUACGCCGGCGACCAUUUCCGGAUGUACGAGUUCAAGAUCCGACGGUGCACGCGUAGCCGUAGCCACGACUGGACCGACUGUCCUUUCGCUCAUCCCGGCGAAAAGGCUCGCCGCCGUGACCCUCGCCGGUAUCACUACACGGGCGAAGUUUGUCCCGAGUUUCGCAACGGUGGCGAUUGUAGCCGUGGUGAUAUGUGCGGUUUCGCGCACGGCAUUUUCGAGUGUUGGCUCCAUCCUAGUCGUUACCGUACGGAAGCUUGUAAAGAUGGUAAGCAUUGUAAGAGAAAAAUAUGUUUCUUUGCUCACUCUCCACGUCAGCUUAGAGUUCUUCCGCCGUCAGAAAACUUUGUCUCCGGCGGAGGUGGAUCGGCGGCUUCAUCUCCGGCCUCGGUGUUGAGUUAUAAGAAUAAUCGUUGUUGUGUGUUUUGUUCCCAUUCUCCGACGAGCACUCUCUUGGAUUUAUCACGAUCACCGACGUCAUCUCCACCGUUAUCUCCGGCUAAUAAAUCUGCCGUAUUUUCACGGAUGAGCCGCCGGCACUCCGCCUUGGCACACAAGCAAGUUCUACACGAGCUGAUUAAUUCUUUAGAUUCAUUUAGUUUCAAGGAAGCACUCGCGGCGGCUUCCUCGUCGUCUCCUGUCACCAUGCCGGUUACCACGGGGGAAACCAUGCUUGCCUCAUCAAAUAGAAGCAACAACCACCGUCUUCCGCCGUGGAUUGAUGUCGGAGAUAGAGAUCUCCAGUUACAACAGAGUUCCUUUAAAUAUGCAUUUUCACCUUCUUCUACUCCAAGUUACCUCAAUGGUCAGCUGCCGCCGCCGAGCUUCUUCAGCGAUGAAUUCACACCACGCGGCGGCCGGUUAAGCGAUUUCACGGUGGCUGCAACUGCGGCGGCGGAAGCUAGGGGUAAGAAUAGCUUUGAGGUGGGUCAUAGUGGCGAUCUUGAUCUUGGAUGGGUGAACGAUCUCUUGACAUGAGAAUGUGAUCAUAAUCGGAGACAUUUUUCCGACUGUAAGGAAGGUACGGCGCCGGAGUUCCGUCGUGAGCCAUUGUUAAUUUUUCGUGCUUUGAUUUUUUUUUUCUCUUUUUUUUCGUUCCUUUGUUAUUUUUAAAUUAAGUCCAUAACUUCUAUUGUGAUAUUGUAAUCUUGGAACUUGUAAUAUCUUCUAUAUUGGGAUCGAAUUCCUAUGUAAUGUUUACUUCAAAAUAUUCUCUUUACUAAAAAAAGACAUGUUGUAAUUAUUUGUCUAUUUCUUUUCAUUAGUGUGCAAUACAGAAUGUGUAAAAUUUCUUUUUUUUUGUUUGUGCUAGUUUAAGCAAAGUGAAUUGUUAGCAUUGUGAUUU